AGACGCUCACAAGCGAAUUAUGUUACAUUGGCACAAUAACCGGGGAUUAGGUUAUCACAGGGCUUCCUGAGUUGCUGUCAAAUGACCCGCAGGGGAGCUAGAGCUGUGCAGCUUGCCGCUUCACAACUCGAUUCCUCUUCCGUCUUUUCAUCCCGUUUCGCUUCGCAUGUUCGACGGCGCGUGUCGUCCUCGACAAGAUUACCUCCUGCAGGCGUUUCCUCAAGCACGGGGAAUUCGAAGGGGAAAUCCACAGACUUGGCAGGGUUGUUGCUCUUUGGAGGCCUAGUUGUUGGAACUGGGUGCCUAGGCGUGUGGCAGUCGGAGAGAUAUUUUUGGAAAAUUGACGCCAUUCAAGAACGGAACGAGUGUCUUGCAAAACAACUUGAGCCAUUGCCAGAUUUUCCCGAAGCCUACCGUCGUUACUUGGUGAGCGGCACCUUUCUUCAUGGCUUAGAGCUUUCUGUCGGGCCGCGGGCGGCUCCCCCCUCCGUCCACGGACCCGCCCAGGGCCUUGGCACCAACCCCCAAGGCUUCUACAUCCUCACCCCUUUCCGCGCCGGAGACGGGUACGUGGUG